AUGCAACGUGACAGCACAUUGUCUGGCUCAUCGCAACAGCGAUCUCUUUCUUUAGCGACACCAGCAACGGUAACCGGAAACGGUCGAUUGAAUCCUUUAUCAUUGGGUGUCGUUGGUAUGGACAAUCGGCAAGCUGUUAUUAUCGAUGUCGGCGCUGUUCUGACGAAGGUUGGUUAUGCAGGUGAAUUUGUUCCACGUGCAAUAAUACGAACAGAAUUAUUGGAUGAUCGUACUGGUGAAACGGUAAAAGUAUUGGAUGAUACGCUUAGUGAGCAGGAACUUUAUUAUAGAUUGGUGAAAUUCUUCCGAGAGUUAUUUUUCAAAUAUUUGUUAACGGUUGCCAAAGAUCGUCGGAUUGUAAUCGUCGAAAGUAUUUUGGCACGGACAUCACAUCGAAAUGCCAUGGCACGGGUACUUUUUAAUACUUUCGAUGCUCCAUCAAUACUUUUCGCUCCGUCGCAUCUGUUGGCAUCGUUCCCAUUUGGUGUCUCGAAUGCCCUUGUUAUUGAUGUUGGAUACUCGGAAGCAACCAUUGUUCCGAUUCUAGAAGGUGUCACCAUGCUGUAUCAGUUGGAAACUUCAUGUAUUGGUGCGAAAUAUUUGGAAGAGCGUGUUUAUGAACUGUUGCAGAAGUACGGCAAAGUGCUAACGUUUUCGGGCGAAGAGAGGUCGCUGACUGAUGGCGAUGAUUUGCUGUUGAAAAAAGAGCACAUUUUAGAAGAUAUUGUUGUUAGGUUCUGUUUUGCUACUAAAAUGGAUCGUGGGAAGAUGAUACAAGCAUCGGAAUAUAAUCCAGAAUGUGAAAUUCCGAAGGCACCGUGUGAUGUCCGCUUACCGUUCGGUAAAGAAAUCCUUGUUGUACCGGGUCUUGUAAGGGAAUGGACUGCGGAGGCAAUUUUCGAAGAAAGCGAUGACAUCAAAUCUUUGCCACAGUUAGUACUUGACGCCGUAUAUCGGUGUCCAAUUGAUGCAAGAAGAAAGCUGUUGGAUAGUAUAAUACUUGUUGGUGGAACAACACGUAUGAAAGGUUUCUAUGCACGACUUCGAGAUGAAAUUUUGCGUUUAAUAACAGUAUCGUCUUAUGUCAGUAAAUUAGGGAAUAUUAAAUCCGUCAAAUUUUAUCGAUUGCCAAACACAUCAAUUGAAUUGUAUGCCAGCUGGAUUGGAGGCAGCAUGUUUGGAGCUUUAGAAGUGCUGCAGUAUCAUUCCUUAACACGAGAGGAUUGGGAGACACGUUGCGGAGUACCGGAUUGGACGACCAAUGUUUAUGAGAUGAGUCGAGAUCCGAUCAGAAGUCGUUGA